AAACCAGGAGGGUGGAUGAGAUGGCUCCAGGGAGAGGCAGCAGGCACAGUGCUUGGGGUGGGGGGUGCCCAGCAUUAUAGCAGUUUCCAAACAGUUGAUAUUGUAUAAAUGAGAGCGCUCACUGAGAGACCAGAAUCUACUGGAAUACAUUGGAUAAACCUGGACACACUGGCUUCUCAUGCACCGUAUCCUCAGGUCUCUCAGAAUCUACACAAGCAAACCACUAAUGGCUAUUUUUAAAGCAGAAAUACCAAAAAUUUUCUUCCUGCAGGGAACCUCAGUCUGGAGGAUCUCAUUUGUUUCUCCGGGGAGCAGCCAAGUGCUGUCUGUGUUUUCUUAGUUUGAGUUGGGAGAAAACGCUGCGCUGGACAAGGCAUGGGCCAAUGCUGUAAGGAUACUGGGCCAUUGCAAACAGAACCCAUGUAAAUAAGGCUGCUUGGACCCAGGACAAACUCCUGUAUGCACCAGCUCCAUUCAACUCAUGAGUAGCUUUGUUGUCCAUCACCCUGGAACUGGGAAAUCCAUUGAUAGGAGCUUGCUGAGCAGUUACAGUUAGCAGAGUGAGAGCCACUCUUAGACACAUGAAGUCCCAGAGUUAAGAUGAGAGCUUACGACUCAGUCUUCUUAUUUUAUAGAUUGGACAAUCAAUACCCAGAGAGGGGAAAGACCUGCUCAAGUUGCUCAGCCAGUUAAUUAAAAAAAAUUGAGGCCCCCGGCUCUGCAGUGUCCGCCAUGGCCAAAGCCUACGACCACCUCUUCAAGUUGCUGCUCAUUGGGGACUCGGGCAUGCGCAAGACCUGUCUCAUCAUUUGCUUUGCCGAGGACAGCUUCAACAACACCUACAUCUCCACCAUUGGAAUUGACUUCAAGAUCUGCACUGUGGAUAUAGGAAGGAAGAAGAUCAAGUUGCAGAUCUGGGACACAGCUGGCCAGGAGGGAUUCAAGACAAUAACUACUGCAUAUUACCGUGGAGCCAUGGGCAUUAUCCUCGUAUAUGACAUCACAGAUGAGAAAUCCUUUGAGAAUAUUCAGAACUGGAUGAAAAGCAUCAAAGAGAAUGCCUCAGCUGGGGUGGAGCGCCUGCUUCUGGGGAACAAGUGUGAUAUGGAGGCCAAGAGGAAGGUACAGAAGGAGCAGGUCAUCAAGCUGGCUCGAGAGCAUGGAAUCCGAUUCUUUGAGACAAGUGCCAAAUCCAGCACGAAUGUGGAUGAGGCUUUCAGUUCCCUGGCCUGGGACAUCCUGCUCAAGUCAGGAGGCCAGAGAUCAGGAAACAGCCACAGCUUCCCCCGCCCCCCCCCCCACCCCCCCGGACUGACCUGA